AUGGCCACUUCUACCCCGCCACUUCAGAGGGUCGAAUCCCAACCUGAAAACCCGUUCUCUGCCCUGAUCGAGGACCAAUCCUUCGUUAUCAUCCCAUCGUUCACCUUGGAAUCCGGCGUCACCCUCCACAACGUACCCGUUGCAUACACCACGCGCGGAAAACUCUCUCCGGAUGGCGACAAUGCACUUGUUAUCUGCCAUGCUCUGAGUGGCAGCGCGGAUGUGGCUGAUUGGUGGGGACCGCUACUUGGUGGCCCUGGACAAGCCUUCGAUAUCUCGCGAUUUUUUGUGGUCUGUCUCAACAGCCUGGGUAGUCCCUACGGAAGUGCAAGUGCGGUGACCUACAAGGAAGGAAAUCCGGAGAAAGGCCUUUACGGGCCCGAGUUUCCGCUUACAACAGUCCGUGACGACGUGAGAAUUCACAAGAUGGUCCUCGAUGAUCUUGGUAUCAAACAAAUUGCGGCCGUAGUUGGUGGCUCCAUGGGCGGCAUGCUUACCCUGGAAUAUGCAUACUUUGGAAAAGAAUACGUUCGAGCCAUUGUCCCCAUUGCCACCUCGGCACGUCACUCUGCCUGGUGCAUCAGCUGGGGAGAGGCCCAGCGCCAAAGCAUCUACAGCGACCCCAAAUACGAAGAUGGAUACUAUUCAUUCGAUGAACCUCCUGCUGCUGGACUUGGCGCUGCUCGGAUGUCAGCCCUUCUGACUUACCGGAGCCGUAACUCCUUUGAGUCUCGAUUUGGGCGAAACGUACCGGACCCAUCGAAGCGGCAGAACAUCAAUGGCACGGAGAGACUCCCGACUCCUCCUCACUCCAACGAGCAUUGGGCAAUCCACAAUGAUGGUCAUAAGGGUAACUGGAGUGGCCGUAACUCCCCGGUGGCCGAGAAGACUGAGGUGCAGUACAUGGAUCCGCAAUUUUCUGGAACGAAGACCUUCAGCAAAACCAUCGAUGAGAAAGCUCAAAAACGACCCGCCACCUAUUUUUCGGCCCAGUCCUACCUUCGCUACCAAGGAGACAAGUUCGUGAAACGAUUUGACGCCAACUGUUACAUCGCCAUCACUCGCAAGCUUGAUACACACGAUGUCUCCCGCCACAGGGCUAACCAGAACUCAGAGGCCCCGGUACGCGAAGCGCUUUCGCAGAUUCAGCAACCUGCUUUGGUUCUUGGAAUUGAGAGUGACGGUCUAUUCACUUUCGAGGAACAGAAAGAAAUUGCCGAGGGUAUCCCGGACUCGAGGCUCAAGCGCAUUGACAGCCCCGAAGGCCAUGAUGCCUUCCUCCUUCAGUUCGAGCAGGUCAACCAGUACAUCUUGGAGUUCUUCCGAGAGGUUUUGCCUGACAUCAUGUCCAAGACCCCCGCCGACGGUGCCGCGAUUGAUGGUGUUGGCAAGCUAACCAAGAGCAGCACUUUUGGAGAAGCGGAGGUAGAAGACAUCACCGCUUGGUAA